AUGGCCGCGACCAGUUCGUCACGCAAGGCUCUCAAGAACUCUCUCUUCGAAGCUAUCGACAAAGAUGGAGAUGGCUUUCUGAAGGAGGGCGAAAUGAUGAAGCUGGCCAAGCUGGUAGGGUUUGAGGGAGAUGCAGACGAGUGGAAGCAGGAGUAUGCGAUUCUUUGCAAAGAAGUUAAGGCCUCCGAAGAGCAAGGAGUGCCCAAGGCUGUUGUCCUGAAAUUGCUGGAUGACAAGUCUGACACGGGCUGUUAUUGCACAGAUGAGGAACUCCAGCUUCUGCUGUCGGCGCAGCCGCGUCCCGGUGCCAAGAGGCAGAAGGAGGACGCAAGCAGCGCAGGCGCAGAUGCCAAAGUUCGAUUUAGUGGUGCAUCCGGUGAGGUUGCUGAGGAGACUUUGAAGAACUUCUUCAAGAAAGUCGGCGAGGUUGAGGCCUUCAACCUUUUCAAACUCAAGGAUGGGAAAUCACGGGGCAUGGGCAUGGUCACCUACAAGACCGCCAAGCAGGCGAAGCAAGCGCUACUCCAGUUGAAUGGAAGCAAGGUCCAGGGAUGUACCAUCAUGGUGUACACAGACCACGAGAACGACAGUACCACGUGGAAGCCACCUCAGCCUAGCCAGCGUGAAAGCUUCGCUGGCUGGUAUGGGCGAGGGCCCUCAAAAGAGUGGUACGAAGGCAGCUCUGACGGGUGUGCCGUCCACUUCCAUGGUGCUCCUCUCGACAUGAGCAGUGACAAGCUCUACUCCUUUUUCGAGGAAUGUGGGAAAAUCAAGAGCUUCUGGCUCUUUCGGAAUCCAGAAGGCCGAUCCCGUGGUCAGGGCCUGGUUGAGUACUCCUCCCAGAAGGAUGCAAGGUCUGCCAUCAAUUACCUGAAUGGAUGGGUCAUCGGCAGCUGCACGCUGAACGUGCAGGAGGACUCCGUGGCAGGAAUGUCGGAGGUGGAGACAUGGAAAACAUCGCAGAGUACCUGGAAUAACAAGUCACAGGGAGAGGACUGGUGGGAUGGUCACUCAGUAUUCUUCAGCGGCGCUCCGAGUCAGCUGCCGGUCGGAAGAGUCCAGUCCUACUUCCGAGAGUUUGGUGUCCUGGAUAGCUUUCACAUGUUCCGACAUCCCAGCGGAAAGCCCAAGGGCAUUGGUAUCGUCACGUUCAAAGACCCACAGGCGGCCACUGAGGUCCUGAAACAAGGGCUUGAGAUCGAGGGAUGGCCCCUGUACCUGAGGGAGGCGGAAGAUCGGGGCGAGCAACGCGGCGCAGUUGCUGCAUCUUCGGAGAGAGAUUAUUGGUCUUCGUACCAAGCAGAAUGGGACUCCCCUGCUGAAGUUGACCCUGGAAAGAGCAUCUUCUUUGCGAACGUGCCUUUCUUGUCGAGGGAGAUCGAUCUGAAACGAAGGUUUGCACAAGUUGGUCUCAUCAACUCUUUCCAGCUGUUCAAGAGACAGGAUGGAAGCUCUAGAGGCAUGGGCAUCGUUGAGUACGUCACGACUUCGGCCGCCCGACGUGCUUGUAACACCCUGAGUGAGGCAAACAUCGAUGGCAGGCAUGUCCUUAUCCAGCCUUACAACAGACAAGGCUACGGUUACAGUGGCUACUGA